UUCAGCCAUGUUGGCGUCUCUCUGCAGCCUCCUGCCGUCUGAUGCUGCUGCAGGUUGCAGCGUUGUUGUGAAUGUUGCGGUGCAGGUCACCUCCUUCUCUUGUGGGAAGAGCUGAGGAUCCUCAGGGACGAGUGGAUCGAGUGGAUUUCUGGCACUAGUGCUGAGCACUGCGGCAGCAACGUUAGCAGCCGAGGAAUGUAGCAGGAAGGAAGGAAGGAGGACAGAGCUGAGGAUCUGAGGAUCAUCCUAACGGACUCCUGCUCCCCCAAACAACCUGACCUCCAUCUGUCUCUGCUCCACACCUCCUUCUCCUCCUGCUGCGUCUCCUGCUCUGUAUGGGAGGAGAGGCUCUGGCAGGCUGUCAGUCAGCAUGCGGCGGUGUCACCGGGCAGCCCAGCGCCCACAACACGCUAUGGACACGCUCAGACCCUGCUCGCUGUACUAAUGAAAGGCUUCAAGCUCGCCUGCACUGCCAGUAACUCAAACAAGAGCACCCCCGCCUGCUCACCAGUCCUGCGUAAACGCUCGCGCUCUCCGACCCCACAGAGCCAGGAGGGAGAGAACAUGGUGGAGAAGGGUUCAGACCACUCCUCUGACAAAUCCCCCUCCACGCCCGAGCAGGUGGUCCAGAGAACGUACUCGCUGCAGUCGGCACGCAGCGGGGGGAAGAACUCCAAGUAUGACAGACUAAACCUGAUUAAAAAGAGCCAAAGCUGGUACAACCAUGAACGACAACACAUCCUGAGAGUCCUCAGUCCGACAUACAAGCAGCGUAAUGAAGACUUUAGAAAACUCUUCAAGCAGCUUCCAGACACAGAGAGACUCAUUGUGGACUACUCGUGUGCUCUCCAGCGGGACAUCCUGCUGCAGGGACGCCUCUACCUCUCUGAGAACUGGAUCUGUUUCUAUAGCAACAUCUUCCGCUGGGAAACGCUGCUGACAGUGCGGCUCAAGGACAUCUGCUCGAUGACGAAGGAGAAGACGGCCCGCCUCAUCCCCAACGCCAUCCAGGUCUGCACAGACACAGAGAAGCACUUUUUCACCUCAUUCGGAGCCAGAGACCGGACGUACAUGAUGAUGUUCAGACUGUGGCAGAAUGCUCUGCUGGACAAGCCUCUGUGUCCCAAAGAGCUGUGGCACUUUGUGCACCAGUGUUACGGUAACGAGCUGGGCCUCACCAGUGAUGAUGAAGACUACGUUCCCCCUGACGACGACUUCAACACCAUGGGGUUCAGUGAGGAGAUUCCCAACGAAGAGAACGAGAUCAACAACGACAACUUGUCUAAGAGCAGCGCUGAGGCCAAGCCUGAGGGCGGGGGGAGUCCUCCCCCGGUCCAUAAGAAGCUGGUCCCCAACAUCCCCGGGACCCUCGACCCCCCCAUCACCUUUGAGCUCCCAGCAGAUGAGUAUGCAGACUGCCUCCCAGAUGGAGAUCUGCUCCCAGUCCCCCUACUGGUGGAGGAGAAGACCAGUGAUACCAGCGGGCCUGGUGGUCCGGUCCCCUCCCCCUCUCUGGACUUCAACGACAACGAAGACAUCCCCACCGAGCUCAGCGACUCCUCGGAGACGCACGAUGAAGGAGAAGUUCAGGCCUUCCAUGAGGAUCUGAACGGACGGCAGCACAUCAAUGAGAUCUACAAGCUGAGUGUGGACAAACUCUAUGGCAUCCUGUUCACAGAGUCUCAGUUCAUGAGUGACUUCAUGGAGCAGAGACGCUUCUCAGACGUGGUGUACCAGCCGUGGAAGAAGGAGGAGGCAGGUAACCAGACCAGAGAGAUCCUCUACACCAUCUCUCUGUCCAACCCUCUGGCCCCCAAGACCGCCAACGUCACCGAGACUCAGACUCUGUACAAGGCGAGCCAGGAGAGUGAGUGUUACAUCAUCGAUGCUGAGGUCAACACCCACGACGUUCCCUACCACGACUACUUCUACACCCUCAACCGCUACAUGCUAACCCGCGUCGCCAAGAACAAGUGUCGCCUACGCGUGUCCACAGAGCUGCGCUACAGGAAGCAGCCGUGGGGUUUAGUCAAAGGCUUCAUAGAGAAGAACUUCUGGAGCGGGCUGGAGGAGAACUUCCGCCACCUCGGUAAACAUCUCUCUGAGGUGGAGCUGUCAAAGCUGGAGGAGAUCCUGGAGGCCCACCAGCUCUCUCCUAAGGCCAAGGUGGUGAAGAACUCCACGGUGAGGAGGAAGAAGAGGCCCCUCCCACACCUGCGCAGCCAGCACCUGGACGAGGCCCUCAGCCCCGUUACCACGCCGACAGACGAGGAAGUGAUCCAGAGGAUCAAACACGUGGCUGGCUCCACGCAGACCAGACACCAGAGUCCAGAACACCAUCAGCAGCAGCAGCAGCAGCUGGCGGGAGGCCUGGCACUCUACAGCGUCUCCAGACUGCUGCUGGUCAUCAGCUUCGUCCUGGUGCUGCUGGUGUUCCUCAACAUGAUGCUCUUCUAUAAGCUCUGGAUGUUGGAGUAUUCUGCUCAGUCACUGACUACCUGGCAAGGUCUGCGGCUGCAUGAAAGUAAGCUGCCUCAGACCCAGAUGGAGUGGGCUCAGCUCCUGGAGGCUCAGCAGCGUUACCAUGACGCCGAGCUGCAGAAGUGGAGGGAGAUCAUCAAGUCAUCAGUGGUGCUGCUGGACCAGAUGAAGGACUCGUUGCUGAACCUGCAGCGAGGAAUCGGUUUGAGGGACUUCAGCUCAGAGGCUGAGGAAAAGAGAAGUCGCUACCACUGACCAACCACCAACCAGGCCAUGAGGGUCGCUGUGCAAUAAACUGUAGGACCUGUUUUGUUUGAACCAGUAUGCAGGCAGCAGACAGACAGAGGACCACCGGUGGGCUGGUCCAACAGACACAUAGAGGGGGACAGACGUCUCCAGAGGUUAAACCCCCCAGGAGGGAGGACAACAGACAGAAAGUCCCCUAUCUACCACAGGCCCUGAGGGGCGCCACACCACUGAGGCAUUGUGGGAAGGAGCUCCUUCUCUCCAGCUGGGAUCAAACCUUCUCCUCUCUUAUUCCCAGAGCAUCCUACUGUAAGCCAUGUGGAGCAGAGACAGACAGAAGGAGACUACUGCAUGCAUUUAGACCCCCUAGCCCUCCUCAGUCAGUGUUCAUGUGGUCCAGUUCAGUCUAUGUGUGUCAAAAACAAAAAAGAAGAACAGAAGACGAGGAGGAGUCCAAGGAGAAGAAAGGGGGUCCUUUGAGUCUUAAAGGCUGUCUACACUCUCUAGACUGUUCCAAGUCCCCCUAGAGCUGCUGGCUGCAGCCCCCUCCCAUAGACCUCCAUGUGAUCAUAGUGCAGUAUUGAUCCACAACCAAAAAGGAAAAGGAAUUUUCAGUCCCUGUUGCCUUGUUAGAGCAGCGUCAGGGCUGGUUCCCUGUCACACUGCUGCGUUAUAAAGUAUUUAUAAGUAGCUCUGAGGAGACUGAAGCCACUACUUUAAACCUGAACACACAAUCCACAUCAUCAGUUCCCCUGAAACAGUGUUAGCUCAUUGCUCCUCUUCCUCCUGAUGAACCAGAAUGUAUUUGCCUGGACACAAAGACAGGCCACACUUUGAUCACAGCUUAUUAAUUUUUAAAAAGGGGGUGCUGCAGCCAGAGCCAUAGGGUGACCUGUGUUCUUACAUGUUUUAUUACUAAACUGUGACUAUAUCUCUUUAAAAAUGUUUCAAAUUAGAAAGAAUUCUAUGAAUAUAUUUGAAAUAUAUAAGAAUAUUUCAUUAUUUAAUAUAUAUAUUUCAAAAUAUAUAAACAUUACCUAUAUUUAUUGUUAAUUUAUGUACAUAAAGAAAUUAUCAGAGCUCUAGACCAGUUAAAGAAUUUCUAACAAAAAGUGUUUUCUUCUAAAAAAAAAUGCAUGCCAGAUAUGUCUGUGACAUGUCCAGUGUGCAAGUAUGAUUCUGCAUUUGCGCGAUUAUAUUCGCGCGCGCGCUCGUGUGUGUGUGUGUGUGUGUGUGUGUGUGUGUGUGUGAAGGUAUUAUUGGUGCAACAGGUUUGAGCUCCUCUAACAGUGAAUGUGUAGUUGUGUACAGUGAUUGUGUUUUUGUAUCAGUACAUUUGAAGUCACAUACUCUAUGAGUUGUGUACUUUUUCUCCACAAAAACAACACAACACAUUCACACAUUAUUAAUGACAGGAGCACAAAUCCUGUUUUACAAGUCACAGAUUAAAAAACUGACAGUUCUGCUCCUAUUAUUGUCGUAUAUUUGGUGCAAAACAUAUUUCAAGUACACAACUCAUAGAGUAUGUGACUUCAUGUUUACUGAUACGCUACACAAUCACUGUACACAACUACACAUUCACUGUUAGAGGGGCUCAAAACUUUUGCACCAAUAACACCUUCAUAGUAAAGUGUGACAUUUUUACCAUCCACACUUGUCUGUUUCUCAGUUUUUCUUUCUGGCUCCUGCAGCCAGACGCCUUUAUUUUGUAAUGCUGAUGUGUUUGGAUGCCGCCUUGCGUUUAGUUUACAACCCAAGAGUUUUGUUCCAAAAUGACAUAUCCAGCAUUUGAAAACAAACUUGCACCUACUUUUACAGAAUGAUUGAUUGUUUUAACUCUGAAUUCACGUCAGUCUCUGACACAAACUAUGUAGCUGAAACCCACGGUGGACAAAGGGAACGAGACACAGUUGAUCUUCUAAAGUUUAAGAUGAAAUUGAUUAAUUUUUCUCUUGUAAAUGGAUAUAUAACAUUUUGGAGAUGAACCCUUCAUUUGCCCACAUUAGUGGUUUGACCACUCUAUGCUAAAAGGAAUAGUUUUAAAUUCACUUUUUGCCGUUAGGUGAAAGUUAGGUGAAGCUCGAUCCCACUCUCAUCUCUGUACGCUAAAUAUUAAACUACAGCUAGCAGCUGCUUAGCUUAGCUUAGCCUAGCCUAGCUUAGCAAGCCGUCUUCUUCUGUUUUCAGUCUUUAUGCUAAGCGAACCAUCUCAUGGCUCUGCUGGAUAGCUGCCACUCAACUUAGCAAAAGGCUAGCCUGGCUAGUAGCUAAGCUAGCUUUUUCUCUUUUUUCUUUUCUUUGCUAAGCUAACACUCUCCUAGCUUUAGCUUCAUAUUUAAAGUGCAUAUAUGAGAGUUAUGUCAGGUAUCUCAUGUAAUACAUCUUCAGUUGAAUCUGUUAUGAUUUGGUAUGUUGUGUAAACAAUAUAACACAUUAUAAUUGGCUUUCUAGUGUUUAAAUCUAAGAACACUGCUGCUAGCAAUGGUAGCAUUAAUGUCACAGAGGCUCACAAUUUUGCGAGCUAACAAACAGGGAACAUAUUGUAGGAAAUGUAAAAGCAUAAUGGCAAGAAAAAGAUGAGGUCGUAGGAAAUAUCAGCAUUAUCCUUGGACAUAUAAAGUUCUGAAAAAAACUCUAAACAACUAAAGUUACUGUUUAUUAACUUAACAUUCACAGAAAAAUUUUGUUUAUUGGUUCGCAAUUUCUGACCCCAUUUGAGGGCGACAUAACUCUCGGCAAGAAGAAAGCUAAAAACCAUAUUUUUCCCCAAAUUGUCAAACUAUUCCUUUAAAAACAAACUUCCACCCGUAUGAAACUCUCCCUUCCCCGUUUCAAGUGUCUGUCUUGGAUGCAAUGAAAGCAUGAAAAUGAACUUUACGCAACUAAAUUGAACCAAAAGAAAGAAAGUAGAAAUGUACCUUCACAAGUUCUCAUGUUGUUUUAAAUGAAGUAUUUAUCAUGUAUGUCAUGUAUUAUAUAUAUAAACUGGGUUAGGGGCGGUAACAGAGACCCCUGACAGCUGAUGAAAGCACUUCCAAAAAAUAAGUGGAAAAAGAAAGCGAAGCACUUUAAGGCCUUUCAGGUAACAGAAGGACACGGCAGCGUUAGUUUAGUUUGGAGGUGAUUGUCGGGCUGAGGAAAGGAAAUAGUUUCUGUGGUUUCUGUUUUAGUUUAUUUGACAAUCACACCGGUGAUUUAACACUUCCAAAAACAUUCGAAAAUAGCUGGAUUUUAAUCCUGCUGGUUUGUUAAUGCUCACAAUUACUGCUCAAAUAGAAUAUUUAUGCAUUAUUCUCAGGGCCGGCUCUAGUCCAUCUGGUUCCUUGGUGAGAUCCAUUGGUGUUGAACAGCUCCGCUUGCUGUUUCAUGGAGGGAAAACUCCUUUUUGUUUGCCCAUGGUGCCAACCAGGCUAUAUAAUAGAACUGUCUGUCUAUAGAAUUAUUAACUUACAAGUCAAUACACAAAGAAGCCCAGCUGGAGACGCUAACAAAGUUAGAGACAAGAGAGACAAUGAAAGUUGAACCCCGCAAAAAAAAUGUGCUUAACUGUGUUAAGCUAGCAUUGCUUUAUUUCAACCUAGCUAGCAAGCUAAUACAAAUGAAACGUCUUCACACAAAACGGCAUUUAAAAAAAGAUUGGGACUUCUUCUCCUCCUCUUUUCUUCUCUUUCAAUACUGAGCACCGGAGAGCUUUGACGGUGUUUCAUCUUGAAGAUUUAUCAAAACAUAACGUGUCUGUGACAGUGAUCUGACCGUCUAAAGGGGGGCGAUCUGACCGUCUAAAGGGGGGCCGAUCUGACUGUCUAAAGGUGGGGCCGAUCUGACCGUCUAAAGGGGGGCAAGGCAAUGACCACACGUCACGUGACUCAGCACCACAAGUGACAAAAUGUGAUUGUUUAUCUUUAUUUAUUUUGUUAAUAUUUAUUAUUUUCAGACAUAAGACGAAGCGAGAGCGACAAUGGGCAUCGAAAAUUAUUAUUGUUUGUGGUUUUUUUCUCCGUCGAGGGUGACUGGCUGCCCCUCCACCAGAUGUCGCUCUAGGCGACCUCCUAUAACUCGAGCCGGCCCUGAUUCUUCUAUUGAACACUUGAAUCUGGUUCAGUGUCACAUCUCAAGCCCGAUGUGAGGCUGACGCUGUGCUGCAGGGCGGGGCGACUGAUUCUUUACUGUGCCUGCAUGGCGAGUUACUGACUGACUGAUUGAACAGCGGCGAGGCUUCAGGACGGCCUCCUGCUGCGUGUGUGUGCGUAUAUAUUACAUUUGAAGAAGGCACUGAGUAAAUAUUACACAUGGGAACCUUCAGAGCUGAAUGUGAGCGGUUGGAAAUGUUUUCUGUUUUAUAGAAAUCACUUUCACAAUCCUGACGACACUGAAAGAUUAACGUGAUGUUAUGCUUCGUGUAUAUGAUGGUACAAUGUGUCAUAUAUAUCAAAGUGUGAUUGAAAUGCUUUAAAGUGUUUGUUUUCAAAGUGUAUGAUGGAAUGGAUUUUUCUUUUUCUUUUCCAGAUGCUUGAAUUACAUUUUUUGUGUGUGUGUGUUUAAAAUGACAUUCUCACACUGUUUAUGAACGAGAUAUGCUUGAUUAAGUUGGUCACACUCCCCGACUCUAGUUUAUUUUUUUUUGGCCUGACUUUAAAUUUUAUUUAGCUGUCAAAGAGUGGAAUCAGUUCUAGUGUCUGAAAUAUGAGCCACCAGAAACUGAAUUAGAAUUAUUUAAAUUUGAAUUGCUUAACUUGAAUUAUUGCAUUAAAAAACUGAAUUUGAAUCACAUAAUUCUGAAUUUGUAUUGUUCAAUUUGAAUCAUUGCAUUGAAAAACCGAAGAGGUGCUCUGUGUAUCUUCGUCACAGAAAAUUGAAUUUGAAUUGUGAGAACUGAAUGUUCAGUUCCAAACUAAUAAAUUCAAUUUCAAAUUACAAUUCAGAUUCAGUUUUUCAAUGCAAUGAUUCAAAUUGAACAAUACAAAUUCAAAUUAUGUGAUUCAAAUUCUGUUUUUUAAUGCAAUUAUUCAAGUUAAGCAAUUCAAAUUCAGUUACUGUAAAACAUACAUUUUCCUUGAACCAGAUGAGAUAUUCACUCUGAGGAGCCGUCAGAGCUGAACUUUAUUUCAUCAUCACAAAUAUGCAAAUUAAAUAUUUUCUUCAUCAUUCCCUUCAAAACGCCAUGUUUCUUAUUGGAUCCAACAAAUUAGAUUUAAUCUCAGCUCCGACCUCUCGCAGGUAGCCAAGUUUGUUGCUUUUUUUUUUCACUGCAGAAAAGAUGUUUAAAAACCAGAUAAAAACAUAAAAAGAUCUUGCUGCAUGGACAAAUAAUUUCACUUAAUAAAUAAACACGCCAGCAGUGAUGAACUGGCCCGAGCAGAGUGACCUGAUGAUUAUUUGGUUCUUACCAAGAUAAAAAAAAAACUUAAGAUUUAGAAGUGUUAGAUAAUUUAUCUGGUUUUAAGAGUUAAUUUCUUUAAGUGUUCAACAUGCUUAUUUCUAGAUUUAAUAAUCUUAAUUUAAUAAAUCUUGUCAAGGUAAAUUAUCUGUCCAUGCAGCAAGAUCAUUUCCCUCAGAUUUACUGUUUUAUCUGGUUUUAGACCUUUUUGCAGUGUUUGUUUUCUAUCUUUCUUCUUCUUCUUGUUACAGAAUGAUUGUAUGAUUCUAUCGCUGCUCAGCUGUGGAACCAAGGCGACGCGACCGUUUUGUCCCUGACAACUAAUGAAUUGACGCUUGGUUGACUGUAUUAAUUGGCAUUAUUUAUUAUUAUUUUAGCAGCCUUUGGUUAACACAGACGAUAGGAAUCACACACAGCCUGCUGAAAACAAAAACCACUGAUGAAAGUGUAGAAAAGGCUCUUCUAGCAGUGCUUCUGGAUAAAAUCUGUUCUUCUGUUUCAACACUAUUCUACUGUAUGUUUCUCUUUUUUCUUUUGUUUUUUUUAGAAACUGUUUUGAUUUCUAGAGAGACUUUUAGUGAACUUUCUACAUGAGAUAAAUAUACUGUAAGUAUAUGUUGUGUAUAUGUGCAGUGUGCACACACACACACACACACACACACACACACACACACACACACACACUGAGAAGAGACUGGGCCUGCGCUGCGCGUAGGUUCACACUUAAUCAUGACGACUUUGCCUCAGAGAGACUGAAGAGAAAAGUGGCUUUCUGGUUCAUGUGAAGUAGAGAUUGGAAGUAUGAAUAAAAAAUAUAAUAUA